GCAAAGGCGCUAGGGUUUUAGCCCUCAUUGCUUUUCAGCUUGGCACACCACUCUCGCCGCUGCAGGAGGUGAAGGAUGUCUCACAGGAAGUUCGAGCACCCAAGACACGGUUCUCUGGGAUUUCUCCCGAGGAAGCGUGCUGCUCGUCACAGAGGAAAAGUGAAGGCAUUCCCCAAGGAUGAUCCAUCAAAAUCACCCAAGCUUACUGCUUUCUUGGGUUACAAGGCUGGUAUGACCCACAUUGUUCGAGAGGUCGAGAAACCAGGAUCCAAGCUUCACAAGAAGGAGACUUGUGAGCCCGUUACAAUUAUCGAGACCCCUCCAAUGGUUAUCGUUGGAGUUGUGGGUUAUGUGAAAACUCCAAGGGGUCUGAGGACCUUGAACACUGUAUGGGCUCAGCAUUUGAGUGAGGAGAUCAAGCGUAGGUUUUACAAGAACUGGUGCAAGUCCAAGAAGAAGGCAUUCACCAAGUACUCAAAGCAGUAUGAAUCUGAAGAUGGAAAGAAGAGCAUUGAAUCACAGCUUGAGAAGAUCAAGAAGUAUGCAACUGUUGUCCGUGUUUUGGCUCACACUCAGAUCAGAAAAAUGAAGGGUUUGAAGCAGAAGAAGGCCCAUAUCAUGGAGAUCCAAGUCAACGGUGGCACUAUUUCCCAGAAGGUGGACUUUGCCUAUGGUUUCUUUGAGAAACAGGUUCCUAUUGAUGCUGUGUUCCAGAAGGAUGAGAUGAUUGACAUCAUUGGUGUCACAAAAGGUAAGGGUUAUGAAGGUGUUGUGACCCGUUGGGGUGUGACUCGUCUUCCCCGCAAGACUCACAGGGGUUUGAGGAAGGUGGCUUGUAUUGGUGCUUGGCAUCCUGCUAGGGUAUCCUUCACUGUUGCCAGGGCUGGUCAGAACGGAUACCACCACAGAACUGAGUUGAACAAGAAGAUUUACAAGCUUGGCAAAGCUGGAACCGAGUCUCACACUGGUGAUACCGAGUUUGACAGAACUGAUAAGGACAUUACCCCCAUGGGUGGCUUCCCGCACUACGGUAUUGUUAAGGAUGAUUAUCUCAUGGUCAAGGGUUGCACAGUUGGUCCAAAGAAAAGGGUUCUUACAUUGCGCCAAUCCCUCCUCAAGCAGACUUCCCGUGUUGCCCUGGAGGAGAUCAAGCUCAAGUUCAUCGACACCUCCUCAAAGUUUGGACAUGGUCGCUUCCAGACAACACAAGAGAAGCAAAAGUUCUUUGGACGCCUCAAGGCAUAAUUAUGCUGAAUGGAUGGAAAUGCUUCAAGUUAGAUUUAUAUUUUGCCUUACUAUCUUUCAUAAACUUUGUAGUGUUUUAUUUUCGUAUUUGUAAUUCGUGGAUCCUUUGCUAGGUGAGUUCCUCAUUUUGGCCAAACCAUUGUUUCAAAGCAGAGACGGUACUCCAAAUUUUGGUUAUUUUAUGGUUUGUACUUGCAAUUUUAAUAGUUUGAUUAUAUUUUUAGUA